CAUCGAAACUCGGACACACGCGACAAGGCAGCGUGCGACUGCCAGGGAACAAAACCGCACACUCCGCCCUUCAUCAAGUGGGAAGCACAGUCUCAGCUCAAUCAUGAGCUGACUCUAUCCGGGCAAACCAGCUACUUAUGUUAUUCUGAGCAACUGGAAGAGUUGACGACAGAUUUAUGACAUUGACUCUCCCGGCACGGAUGCUGCCAAAUCGCUGCGCCGAGAACGGAUCGUCACCCGCGGCAAGCCACAGGCUGAAGGUCUCAAGAUGAGUGUCCAAGAUGUUGUUGACGCGUCGGAACACUACGAGGUGUACAACACCGACGACAUCCCAUCCCUCCUCACCAUCAUCAUCGACACCAACCCCCGCGCAUGGGCUGCCGUCGCCGAUGUUCUCCCCAUCUCCAAAUUGAUAGCCAACAUCCUCGUUUCCGUCAAUGCACACCUUGCCUUCAGCAACUCGAACCGAGUUGCCCUCAUUGCCGCGCAUACCAAUCGAGCAGUCUGGCUCUACCCGCCCCCGCCAAAGCCAACAAAGCAGGCGCCUGCGCACUCGCGAGAUGUCGACAUGAAAGAUGCUGGCAACGGCAGCACCAGCAGUAAUGCCCCCCCGAACCACACCUCCUCCUCAGCCAACAAAUACCCGCAGUUCGCCCAAAUAGAGAAUUCCCUGCUCGUCUCUCUCCGAGCCCUCAUUGACGAGACCACCGCCACCGAUCUCUCAACGACAACUACGCAAAUAUCGGGCGCCCUCACUCUUGCCCUCGCCCACAUCAACCGAACUGCCCUCUCCUUCACCACCUCCUCAACCGCAACGCACGCCGCCACCUCGACGGGCAGUUCCAUGACAGCAGGCACCACCGUCGGUCCGACGCCCGUGGCCAACACAUCGACCAGCUCGGGCCUGGCGGGUCUGCACGCGCGCAUCCUGGUCCUCUCGGUCAGCGACAGCGCCCCGGCGCAGUACAUCCCCACCAUGAACGCCGUCUUCGCGGCCGCGCACGCCCGCAUCGCCAUCGACACCCUCUCCCUGCGCGGCAGUGCCACUUUCCUCGAGCAGGCCUCCUUCAUCACCCGCGGCACCUUCAUCCGCGCCGCCGAGCCGCGCGGCCUCCUGCAGUACCUCAUGCUCGGCUUCGGCAGCGGCUCCGCCCCGUCCAACCCGGCCGGUGGCGCCCCGACCUCGGCCGCCACCUCCAGCUCCGGCGCCGCCGCAGGCGCCUCCAAACCCGCCACGUCGAGGACAGCCGGGGGGGGGAAAAUAUCCAAGCUCGGCCUCGGCGCGAGCGUCGCGGACCUGCUCGUCACUCCCAGCGCUGAUGCAGUCGACUUCCGCGCCGCCUGCUUCUGCCACCGUAACGUCGUCGACACGGGCUUCGUGUGCUCCGUCUGCCUGAGCAUCUUUUGCGAGGUGCCCCCCGGCGGCGAAUGUCUGACGUGCGGCACGGUGCUGGCGCUGGGAAAGUACGGAAAGAGGCCUGUCGUUGCUGCUCUCACCGCUCACAAUAAUGCGGGUGGUGGUAGUAGUGGUAGUGGUGGUGCGUCAACGGACGCGGGGAGGAAGGAGAAGCGCAAGUUGGGGGUUAACGGGGAGGCUUGACUUUGAAUGAAUGAAGUAGUCUACAGGCUAUCGGGAAGAAGGAGGGAGAUGGAACCAGGGUGGGACUAGGAAUGCAUGGCCUUGAUUUUCUUUGCAUGUACUUGCAUCAACCAGCGUCAUUGGCAAGGAAAAAGGGAUAUUCAAAUCGUCAGGGGCGGCGUGGCGUUUGGCACGGGGAGGUGUUGGUUUUGCUGCAAGUCAUUUUAUACAACGAUACUCCACAAACCUAUCAGCAAAAGCUGCCUCUCUUACACAGAACAGAUUACGAUGAGAAAUGCUUCAGGACAUCCGGAUCCCGAGGCAGACAGAAGCAAUGUAGUCUAUUGGUGUUUCCUGAGGUAUUCUGAUAGCGACGAUCGACAACGAGCAGUGGCAUUUUA